GUCACUUCAUUUCAUCUCGAAGGAGACACAAAUAGGAAAAUAGGAGAGAGAAAGAUAUUUAAAUAACUUGUUUAUGUUGUAUUAAGAGAAAACCAUUGACCUCUCUCCUCUAAAUUGUCCUAUAUAAUGGCCUGGGAGGCUCCCCAAUACUUCCCCCACAUCCAAAAGCCAUACUCCUUUGCCGUUGUAGCUUCAUCUCCACAACCCCUCUCAGUAUUCUAAAGCUCUUCUUUCCUGCUCUAGGUAUGCGCAAGCACUUCUUGAUCAUAUAAAACAGGAUGAGCCAGCAGAACGGCGCAAGGGGCUCCAAGGUGGACCUCCGGCUGAACGUGUCGCCGCCAACGAGGGGGGAGGCUUCUAGAAGGAUGGCGGUCGACAGCGAUUCUUCCUCGAACUCUUCCCCGAGCUCGUGCUUGUCCUCGGAGAACGAGCAGGGGCUGAGGUGCUCCGGUAGCCCGGAGGCGACGUCGAUGGUGCUUGCGGGGUGCCCGCGGUGCCUCAUGUACGUCAUGCUAUCCGAGGAGGACCCCAAGUGCCCCAAGUGCAAGAGCCCCGUCCUCCUCGACUUCCUCGCCAAGAAGAACGGGAAGAGCUGAAUAUUUACUUCGUAACUUUUAUCAUUGGCAGAGCAGAUGUAUUGAACUUGGUCGCCGUUCAGCUAGCAAAUUUGAUCAAGCUCAAUGCAUCUGGUCUGUUAAUUAAGGAAACAUCCUCUGCUAGUAUCACUUCCUAAGUGGCUACUUGCCAUUGAGGGUAGAUCUUCUAAAUCCUACUCCUAAUACUUAAAUUUCCAGGAAUCUCCUCUUUGCUUCUCCUUUUUCCCUAUGGCUUCAUAUAUAGGUUGUAAGAUCAUGUUUCCUGAGCUUUUGAAGACUAUGUAAGAGGGCCAUGCCAUUUCCUCUGUUCUAUAGAAUUCUUCUUCUUCUUCUUCUU